GACAAAAUGGACCCUGGCUGGCUCACGACGCCCUCUCCUCUCCUUUUACCCGCGAUACUACCUACUAGCUACAAGAACACUGCGAUCGACCGCCGCGAUUCGGCGUGCUCGUAGUGCAAAAUUGUCGUUUUGGACGAGCUUCCUCUGGUUCAAUAUACCGAGCCGUACCUCUGCCCUUUUUUGAAACCUGGAAAAUGACGUCCCCUCAAAGUCUCCACUCUCUGCGACUCCCUGGAUACCGCUCAAGCUACUGCCUCAGGUACCACCCAUACCCGAUGACGAAACGACCGCGCCUACUGAGGGCUCAAGACGACGCCCUGCGAGCAGAUGAGGAGACAUGGGAGAUAACCCCGGUGGCAACGCUGGGCCCUGUUCGCAGUGCUGAAGACGACUCCGAUGAUGACGUUUCGUGUUUGGAUUUGGACGCGUCGGCUUCUGUUGGGCUGGACAUCAAAAGACGACAAGAGGCGUUCACCCUGCCACUUCCUUCAAAAGUCGCCACAAUUUUGGCGUAUGUCGUAAUCGCAAUUGAACGAACAUCUCGGAUGACGCGCCUCAUUACGGGCUGGGUUCGGUACGCGAUGGAUGCUCUCUCCCAGUGAGCGUGUCGCCCUCGGUGCCGAGUAUGGCCAAAACGCUCGCGUCUAUGUUGCCGUAUUUGCUUCUCUAAAAGCUCUGCGCUUGACAUCGCUAUUCCUCCCGAAAAGUGCUUCUUCACGUCUUGAUCUACGUAUAAUCUUCCCGUUGUCUGGCGGCAUAUCCCAGGUUGUACUUCCCUUUGAGCUUUCGGUACUCCAUAACAUUUAUAUCUAGUUGCGUCCGCUCUUAAACAUCAUAAAUAUUCUUGUUUGUCGUACUUGCUGUGUCCAGGUUGUCCACGCUAUCGUGUUGCCUUCUGAGUGUAUGUUCUAGAAAAAUAGCAUCCGUCUUCUGCCU